UCAAAACAAUCCGCCGAAUUCGCGAUCUAUUUUUAGGUCGCGCCCACCGGAGCUACGGUGCAACGCCGUUUAUCCCCGCAGACCCCCGAGAAAAAGGUUCGUACGGCCGGGUACCCUUUCGCGACGCCGUCUCGCAUCCGCGGUAAAGGUUCAUCGACCCUCCCGCUGCGACUGUGACAGGCCAGGGAGCCGUACGGCCGAGCGCGGCCGGCCAUGUUUAUAUCGUGCUGAGAAUUUUCGUGCUGAUCGACCAGCCGUCGUGAGCCAAGAGAGGGACUCUCCACGUGCGUCCGCCAGCGCGAAGAUUCUCAAGAUCCCGUGUACGAGUCCAAAUUUCCCUCCUCCGGGAGAUCCGCAAGCUUACGUCGCAGAGUGACGAUGGAGUCCUCCGAGAGAGGGUUAAGUUUGGAUAGCAACAUGUCGAUGUCGUCAGUAGGUCCGCAAAGUCCUCUCGACAUGAAGCCCGACACGGCUCUUAUCAAUCCGGGGAACUUUAGUCCAUCGGGUCCCAAUAGCCCAGGAUCCUUCAAUGCUGGUUGUCACAGCAACCUCCUGAGUACAUCGCCCAGUGGUCAAAGCAAGACGGUCACGCCUUAUCCGCCUAAUCAUCCUUUGUCGGGCAGCAAACAUCUGUGCUCGAUCUGCGGCGACCGUGCGAGCGGUAAACAUUACGGCGUUUAUAGUUGCGAGGGCUGCAAGGGAUUCUUCAAAAGGACCGUGCGUAAGGAUCUGUCAUACGCCUGUCGCGAGGAAAAGUCCUGCAUCAUCGAUAAACGGCAGAGAAACCGCUGUCAAUACUGCCGAUAUCAGAAGUGCCUGGCGAUGGGGAUGAAGAGAGAGGCAGUGCAGGAGGAACGUCAACGCACCAAGGAGCGGGAUCAGAGCGAGGUGGAGAGUACGAGCAGUCUGCACGCGGACAUGCCGAUCGACCGCAUCCUCGAGGCGGAGAAACGGGUAGAGUGUAAAACGGAGAAUCUGGGAAAUUAUGAGAAUGCAGUCUCGCACAUAUGCAACGCCACCAACAAACAGUUGUUCCAGCUGGUGACAUGGGCAAAGCACAUCCCGCAGUUUACAUCGUUGCCGCUGGGGGAUCAAGUGCUUCUACUCAAGGCUGGCUGGAACGAAUUGCUAAUAGCCGCCUUCUCCUAUCGUUCCAUCGAGGUGAAGGACAGUAUCAUUCUGGCAACGGGAGCCACGGUGCAUCGAAAUUCGGCGCAACAGGCAGGCGUGAUCACGAUAUUCGAUCGCGUACUCUCGGAACUAGUGUCGAAAAUGCGCGAGAUGAAAAUGGACAGGACUGAACUCGGAUGCCUUAGAUCCAUCAUUCUCUUCAAUCCCGAUGUACGAGGUCUCAAGAACCCUGAAGCUGUCAGCGUGCUGCGCGAAAAGAUCUACGCCGCUUUGGAGGAAUACACCCGCAUAUCUUGGCCGGAUGACCCCGGCAGGUUCGCCAAAUUGCUGCUCCGCCUGCCAUCCAUCCGUUCGAUCGGUCUCAAGUGCCUGGAGCACCUGUUCUUUUUCAAGCUUCUCGGCGAAGAGCGAGCUCGAGUCGAGGACUUCCUCAAGGAGAUGCUGGAGUCACCAUCGGAUUCUUAGGAGCAGAAGGUGUGCCGCGUCUUGGGGCACACCGAUCUAUAAAAGAAAAGGAAAAUCAGAGGAGGAAGAAGACGACGAAAGAGAGAAUAGGAGUUCGCAUUCGUGUCGAGUUUCUCAUUCGGAGAGUACUGGACAAUUUCUGUAUUGUGAUGCCUCUUCUGAAAGGUCACAAUAUAGAUUAUUCGCGCGUCGAGCGAGAUGGAAUUUACUUACUACUUCUCUUCACCGCUAUCUUUUUACCUUCUCCUUUUCCCCUUUCCUUCCCCGUCCUGUUAUUUAUGUUUUUGUUAAAGCUUAACGACUCUCGUGUCCAGCGCAAGGAGGCGGUCUUUAUUGGCCGAUUCGUACGGGAAGUACUAUUAACAUAUACAUCACGUUCGUGCGGAUAAAAAUGUACAUACGUACAUGUAUGCACAUGCCUCAUGAAAUGUAGCUUUUGAAGUCGUUAAUCGAUAAUUAGUUAAUUUAUCAAAGCGAUUAAAUUUAAUAAUAUGUGAGAAGAUCGCUAACAAUACGCAAGUGCGAUCGAUAGAAAAUUUAGUCUGAUAUUUGAUGGAUAAAUCAAGUUUGAUUGGUGUUAAGGCUCCUGGUUCCUCGCCGUUGGAAUAGUGAUGUCAGAAGCGAGAAAACACGCUAAAAAUUCUUAGAUGCCAUUUCGAAAUGAAACUAUAUUUCGAUAAAGCAACACUUCAGAUGGCUUUAGCGCAUCUUAAAAUAUCUCGAAAACUAUCUUACCUUUACUUUUUUUUAAAAGUGUACUAAAGCCAUCUGAAAAAUAGUGUUUUAUCGAAAUAUCUUUUCAUUUAAAAGUGGUAUUUAAGAAUUUUCAGUUUGUACUUUCUCGUUUCUGACGUCACAAUUCAACAUGAUCGAUGAGAAGCUAGAAGCCUUAAUUAACGGAAAGGUGUAAGUAGUUAAAUAGAAUUUCAUCUGUAUACACAAAUAUCGUCAACAACAAUCGCUGCCUCUUUAGUCUGUGACAUGUGUCGUGCCAUUAUCCGAGUGAAAAUCGUGUUUCCACGCGAUAUAUCGUAUUGACGAUCGAUCCUUGUUUCGGAUAGACAUCAUCGCGUCUUCGUCGGAUCCCACUUUACAUAAUCACAGAAGUUCCUAGAAUAAUUGUUUCUUUUUUUCUAUUUUUGCACUUUGUUAUAUUUUGGUUUUUUUCUCUCCCUCAUUCACUCUUCCUUCCUUUCUCUUUUGAUAAAGUCACAUAUUAUGGAUCGUUUUAACGAUUCCGAUUUUCGACGGACUUGACGAAGACGCGAUCUGUGCUUGCGAGUUCUCGGACACCUUUACAUUCCAACUCUGCCUCGAUUCGGAUCGUUACUUUAAAAAAGCCACUAUUAUGCAUAUAGAGAUAUAUACAUAUACAAUUGUGCAUCAAUCAGUGCGCAAGUUUAACGGUAAUUUAUUGUUUUGUAUUUUAGCAUAUAGGAAAAAACAAACUUACUAAUUCAUUAUUAAUUAUAUUAAAUACGCAUAUUAUGUAGUCCCCUUACUCCUUUUUUAUAUAUAGCAUGUGUCCGUGACGAAAUAUUGAAAAUAUUUGCAAUAACUGCUAAUAUCGUAGCGUGCGAACGAAGUAUUUUCUUUUUCAAGGUGGUAGGGUUUCCGUUCAUUUCUCUGUUUCUUUCGAUAAAAUGCACGCUCGAUAUAUACAUAUAAUAUAUAUAGGUAUAUACAUACUCGGAUCUUUUUCGUUAACUUUCUCUUAAGCAGAUUUUUAACUAUAUGUGACAAAUUCAUAUUACUGUAUACUUUGCAGUGCUGAAAUGCUGUCUUCUGUGUCUCGUACAAAUUCGACAUGGCAGCAAAUAGUAGAAUUAGAAUGUUUUCUUUUUUUUCCAUAGUUUAUAUACUGACAGUAAGAUUUGUUUUCCCUGAAGAAUGUUCAAUGCACGAAAGAAGCAGAUAAAAACGAAGAUGCAAGAGCUUUCGAACUUUCAAACAAAAAGUUCUUGCGAGAUGUAUAACUAUAACUAUAAAUCUUAGCGUACGCAGUAAGAGAAUUAACUGAUCAUGGACAGAAUUAAGAUAGAACCCUACUCUCGUUGUUAGUAAUUUACAGAAUCGCGUAUCACAUGAUGCGAGCUGAUGGAUACGAAAAUUGUAAAUUAUACAAAAGGAGACAAGUAUUUGCUCAGUCGAUUAUUUUCUAAAUUUGCAUAUUAUA